GAGCUGUAUCCUCUCCGUGGUCCCAACUGUGUGAUUCUGCUGCAGCUUCUCUCUGUCACUGACUGAUCCAACACAGAUGAUGUCAUCAGAGCACCUGACCUGCGGUUGGCUGCAGCAGCUCCUCGUUAUGCUUCUGAAGCUUUGCCUCGCUUUUGCGGGGCCUUUGCGACCACUCAACGGGACAGAAUGCACAGCCAAGGGUCCUGCUUCCUACAUCCUGGUCUUUACAGGUCACUGGAGCCCCCAGGCCUUCCCCAAGCAGUAUCCACUGUUCCGGCCCCCUGCACAGUGGUCCAAACUCAUAGCGGUCAGCCAUAAUCGCCAUUUUCGGCUGUGGGAGGAGGGUGCUUCAGCCAGUGCAGGGGUGCAGAGCUUCGCUGAAGUCGGGGUGACGGUGGAGCUGAUGAAGGCAGCCAAGGAGGCCAGGAAGAGACGUACUGUCGGCGCCAUGUACCGAACGGCCGGCAUCCCUAACGGCAUCGGGCACAGCUCCACAGAGUUGCUCAUGCAGCCCCGGAGUUCACUGUUGUCCCUGAUGGUGAAGAUGAUCCCCAGCCCCGACUGGUUCGUCGGUGUGGACACCCUAAACCUUUGUGAGGGCAGCCAGUGGAAACAGGAAGUGAACAUUGACCUCCAGCCUUAUGAUGCAGGGACAGACAGUGGAUUCACUUUCUCAUCACCAAACUUCCCAACCAGCCCACCAGAAAACAUCACAAAGAUCACAUCUCAGAUGCCGAACCAUCCAGCCAACUCUUUCUACUAUCCACGGAUAGAGGAGCUUCCACCUAUUGCCAGCAUAAGGAUCACUCGACAGAGCAGAUCACCUGACCGUCAAACCCCAAUGUCCAAUCAUAUUCUGCCAAACUCUAUCAUUCCCCAGCGCUUCUCAGCGACACCACUGGACUGUGAAGUGUCUCUCUGGUCAUCUUGGGGUUUGUGUCUGGGCCCUUGCUCCAGAGGUGGUGUCCGCCACCGCACACGUUACAUCCUCUUGCGGCCGGCCAAUGCUGGCAUCCCCUGCCCUGAGCUGGAGGAACAGGCUGAGUGUGUAUCACACAGCUGUAUGAGACUCCAGUAACACGCACAAGCACAGAUACUGCCAGUAUUCAACACUGGGACUCUCAUGUUUUUACUGCUGGACUGAGAAAUCUUGCUGCAUCAUUUACUUGAUAACAAAAUGGAUUUUUGUCACAAUCAAAUUGUGAAAUUUAAAGAGAUAGUUUAGAUUUUUUUUAACUGGGGUUGUAUGAGGUACUUAUCCAUAGUCAGUGUAUAGACGGCACUCAGCAUGUCCCCAGUUUGGAGAAGCAGACAGGAGUACCAGCAUGGAAGCUAAGGAAAGCACGGCUGUGGAUGGGGUACACAAUAAAACAUAUUUUAGCUGCCCAAAAAAGAAAAAGAAAAAUCAAUGUCAGGUUGAGUGUAGGCUUUAUUUAGAAUAUUUUCACUGCUAUACCUUACCGCCGUCAGACAGACCUUUCCGACUUUGAGGAGAGCAAUAUAAUGGCUUCAGUUUCCAAUUGGAAAGCAAUGUCUAAAGGCAAAGUAAAGUGUUAAAAAUAUUCUACAUAUAACGUAGUUUAGUUGGCUAAAAUAUAUUUUUCUGCUGACCCCAUCUACAGCAGUGCAUUGCUUAGCUCCCAUGCUGCUUCUCCAAACUGGGGGGCGUGCUGACUGCCGUCUACUGUAGGUAAUACUCCUCAAAAAACGGCAACUAUCCCUUUAAUACUUGCUGCAUUACUUGUGCUGUCCGUUUAGAAUUAGACUCCUCUGGGUGUGUUUUUAUGACAAUAAAGGGAAACUGAAGUCUGGGUGUAGCAGAGCAUUGGACAGUUAUUAAUGUUUGAAACAACACUUUUUUAUAAAUUGUCGCAGAUGCAGAAUAGACAAACUGAGAGAAAGAUUCACAACAAUUGUGUCCCCCUCAAAGAUCUAUAAGAGCAUUUAAUCUGUACACACACCAGACUGACACAUCUUCACACACACACUGUUACAUGUAUGCACACAUGUGCACACAGAAUACCGCACACAAAAGUCCUUGCACAUACUGCAUACCUUUACAGGCACGGAGGCAUUACUUUAUGUUGGUAACCUAUUCAUGCUUGGCACAUGCAGCUCUUUCAAAAUAACCCAACACCCCGAUUUAUAAAUAUCACCUUUCAUAAGAAACACUGUCAGAAAUGCUGACUUGAGGCUUAGAGCCAGUCUGAAGGAGCUGGCCUAUUUUAUAAUAAGAUGCAGGUUUUUAUAGAAAGAAAAAUAAAUAUUUGUAUUAUUAUCUCUUGAUAUUUUAAUGUUGAUUUUGUAUA